AUCAGUGUUUGUUUUCCCGCAGUAUCAGAAGCCAGGAUUGAUGCAGUGAUGCGAGUCUCAUGCACUUCCCUGAAACAAAGCUUCAGGGAUGUUGGCUUUCUUGCAGUGGAUGUUUACACAACUAGCAACAGGGAUGGCUUGGGCAGAACAAUCCUCCUUCUCAUCACCUGCAGCCUGUUCAGCCUCUUCCUCAGCUCCUUCCUGCUCCUGUACCUCCUCUUCACGCUGGACUAUGAGAUUGCAGUUGCUGGUGGGAUAGCCGGUUGCUUUGGGGUUCUACUGACUGUCGCUCUGUUUUUAUCAAAACAAAUACGGUGCACAGGGAUUCUAUUUGCCAUGUCCAUUUUCAUGAAAAAGAGUCGGAACUUGCUCCUGGCUGCUGGGACCAGCGUCGUGGUUCUCAAAAAUAUCCGCAACACUUUGGAGAACCUCACAGGCCUGAUCAGGAGCAUGGUUUGCAACCUGAAGGCAAAGAAAGCAUCCAUCGUCAUCUCACCACUGGAAAACUUUACCAGGAUGUUGAUGUGGAUCGGCAAUACACUCAAGGGAUUAACAAACUUGGAGGUGAUUAAGUUUGACUCUGAGCUCAAUGUUUCAACCAAAUUCGAAGCAGGUUUAUUUACGGAGAAACUCGCUGAUGCUGAGCAGAGGCUGAACAAAAGCGCAAAGUAUGCGGAGGCCAUUGUGAGCACCUUGUUCUCCGUGGCUGACAGAAUGUUCCCUGCCAUCAGCUUCCUCUUGCUCAUGAUGUUUAUAGCCCUGCACAUAAAAAAAUACCGCAGUGACAUGAAGUUUGAAAACACUUUUGUAACCAGCAAAUUUAUUCAGUUUGACCAGAAGCAGAAGGAGCAGGGAAAGCCUCAUGUCCUCCCUCUCACACCAGAGGAAUCAAAGCUGUACGCCUCCGUCCCAUCCGCCCGUCCCACCACCCAGGAAGGGAGGGCUAUGCUGAAAUUUGGCAUUCGAAUUUUGCCCCAUUUUGUUGCUUGGGUCAUUUUUAUAACUGUGGACGCCUUAUUGUACUGCUUCGUCGAUAUUGUAACAAGAAAGUUGUCAGAGCUGGAACCAUUCAGUAUUCCCUUGGUGAUGAACAUCAAAGGGACUUCGAUUGUUAUUGGCCUCAAACUUGGGGAGCAAAACUACCAGGAAGACUUUUCCUACUCCGUUACGCUGUUUGAGAAGAGGUGCCUUCCUAAACCCAAGCUGCUGCUCUAUAGCUCUGUAGUUCCCUUAGCUGCCAUCCUGAUUGCCCUGCUCAUUAUGGCCAUGAUGGCUGCCAAGCUCACCCAGCUCAGGCUAAUGGUCUAUGAGCGCUUCUUCUCUGCCUCUGCAGAGGAGAGGGCAGAGUACCUCCACGCCAAAAUCCUGAGGAAGAGACUGAAGGGGAGGAAGCAGAGAGACAACGUGGGGAGCCCCACAUCAUUCUUUUUCAAGCCACAUUUCUGGUGCCCACUGCUCUUCAGACACAAAGAGGAUUUGCAAAAUUCUGCAUGACGAAAUGA